CCCCGAGACAGGAACUCUUCUCCCUUUCAAAGAUUCAAUUCAAUUACCGUUUCCAUCCCCUGCUGCCAAAGUAUUUCAUUCAAAGAAAAAGAAAGUUAAAAUGAAAAAUCUUUAAAGCUAAGGGAUUCUCUGAUUGAUUCUGAGACUUCAAAGUAACCGCUUUGAUGGAUUGGAACAAAAUUGGAUUAAAUGGGUGUUUCUUUUCAUGGCUUGUGGGCUCUAUGCCUCUGCUUUUAUUUUUGGACAUUUAAAAGGUGGGAAGAAAUUAUAAAUUUGUGACCUUUUCAAAUUAUCUUUUGAAGGUUUUAUUUGGGUAGGCUCGAAUUUCGAUAAUUCCAGAUGAUUUCUUUCAAGUGAGAUUCAAGAAUAUUAGUGGGCUUUCUUUUCUGAUAAGAAAUUUGUCUCAAAAAACUGUGGAGUUGAGAUUUUGGAUUGUAUUCAGGCAAUAUGAAUCAGAAUAGGACCAAAAACCAGAGGAGCAGAGAAAUUAGACAGAAAUUUGGGAAGGUGAUAAAGUGCUUCUGCCCCGGGGAGCAGUUAGGAGCAGUAGAUGAAAUAAUUAAGGAUUAUUCCGAAAUUGCGUAUUCUUCUAAAGCUGGUGAGAUUGGAAAGAAGCUGGAUACUGGGAAUAUAGAAGAAGCCGAGUCAUCUCUGCGUGAGAGUGGUUGUUUGAACAACGAGGAAGCAAGAGCAUUAUCAGGAAGAUAUGAAUAUCAAAAAGGAAACAUAGAAGCUGCUUUACACGUAUUUGAAGGAAUAGAUAUUGCUGCAGUGACUCCUAACAUAAAAGUCACCCUUGCUAGGAAAGGACAACGUCGUAAGAGACGUUCUCAGAGUUCUACUGACCCAUCUCUGUCUUUACAUGCUGUCAGCUUACUCUUGGAAGCAAUCUUUCUCAAAGCAAAAUCAUUGCAGGGUCUUGGGAGGUUUACAGAUGCUGCUCAAUCUUGCAAAGUUAUUGUCGACAUAGUUGAAUCUUCAUUACCAGAAGGCUUGCCUGAAAACUUUGGUGCUGACUGUAAAUUGCAGGAGACUCUAAACAAGGCUGUGGAGUUGCUUCCAGAAUUAUGGACGCUUGCUGAUUCUGCACAUGAAGCCAUUUUGUCAUACAGGCGGGCACUCCUCCAUCAUUGGAAUCUUGAUGCAGUAACCAUAGCUAAAAUCCAAAAAGAGUUUGCCAUCUUUCUUCUGUACAGCGGAGGUGAAGCAAGCCCCCCAGAUCUCCGCUCCCAAAUGGACAGUUCAUUCAUUCCCAGAAACAAUAUAGAAGAGGCUAUACUUCUGUUAGUGAUACUACUGAGAAAAGUUUCUCUCAAGAGAAUUGAGUGGGAUCCAUCAAUCCUGGAUCACCUUUCAUUUGCUCUAUCUGUGGCAGGGGAUUUGAAGGCUUUAGCUAAUCAAGUUGAAGAACUGCUUCCUGGAAUCAUCAAUCAGAAAGAUAGGUACCAUACUCUGGCUCUCUGUUAUUAUGGAGCAGGGGAGGACUCAGUUGCUGUGAAUCUACUUAGAAAGUUGUUGAACGGAACUGAGGAUCCAAAAUAUCUCCCAGCUUUAUUAAUGGCAUCAAAGAUUUGUGGGGAAUACCCGAAUCUUGCAGAAGAAGGGAUAAGUUUUGCUCGCAGAGCCUCUGAAAGUUUGGACGGUGAAUGCAAUCAAUUAGAAAGUAUUGCCCAUUUUUUAUUGGGCAUCUCACUUUUGGCAUAUUCAAAAUCAGUUUCUGCUGAUUCAGACAGGGUCUCAAGGCAGUUUGAGGCAGUUCAGGCCCUGGAAAAGGCUGGGGGAGUGAGAGGAGUGAGUGACCCCUUUAUUCUAUACCAUCUCAGCCUAGAAAAUGCUGACCAGAGGAAGUUAGAUGCUGCACAUUUUCAUGCAAAGCGCUUGCUGAAACUGGAAGGUGGCUCUAAUGUCAAUAGUUGGUUAUUAUUGGCCCGGAUAUUAUCAGCUCAGAAACGGUUCAUGGAUGCCGUAACUGUGAUUAAUGCUGCACUGGAUCAGUCGGGAAAAUGGGACCAGGGAGAACUGUUGCGAACGAAAGCUAAACUUCAACUUGCACAGGGUCAGUUAAAAAUUUCCAUAAACACCUAUACUCAGCUUCUUGCCAUUCUUCAAGUUCAGCGCAAAAGCUUUGAUUCAGGGAAGAAGCUUAGUAAGAGCAGCAAAACUCCCGCUAAGAGUCUGGAAUUGGAAGUAUGGCAUGAUCUUGCAUAUGUCUACAUAAGCCUGUCACAAUGGCUUGAUGCUGAGAUUUGUCUUUCUAAAUCCAAGGCCAUCUGUUCUUACUCUGCUUCUAGAUGUCAUGCCACAGGUGUACUAUAUGAAGCAAAGGGCCUUUACAAAGAAGCUCUAAAAGCUUUUGGAGAUGCUUUGGAUAUUGAUCCCACCUUUGUUCCAAGCUUGAUCUCCACAGCUGUGGUUCUCAGGAAGCUUGGAAACCAAUCACAUGCAGUUAUGCGAAGCUUUCUGAUGAAUGCAUUACGGCUGGACAGAAUGAAUCAUUCUGCAUGGUAUAAUCUUGGAUUAUUUUAUAAAGCUGAGGGCACUGCAUUGUCAUUACAAGAAGCUGCUGAAUGUUUUGAGGCUGCAGCUUUUCUUGAAGAGUCUGCACCAGUUGAACCCUUCAGAUGACCAGUUUCACAUAAAACAAUUACUCUUGUAAUCCCUCAAAAUUCUCUCCUCUCUGAUUACCGUCUUCUUAUAUGAAUCUUCAGUGUUGUGGUUUAAAGUAAAAAAAACAAUAAAAAGAAAGUUCAGUUUCAUGCUAGAAAGAUGCACUAUCUGGUGGUACACAAACAGAUUGUUGUUGACAUAUCAUACCUUCAGAAUAUGACUAAUGUAAACGUAAUGUAAUACGUUAGAUUGUAAAGUAAAUUGUAUUAGAGCCCUGCCGGAAUAUAUGUUUAAGAAAGAUUAUUUUUUAA